ACUGAAUUAUUUGUUUGCACUUUGCAGUUUCUACAAAAAUUAUUUAAUAGAGAAUGUUUGAUUCGAUUAUUACUUCUGUUUGAUAGUUUAUUUAUCAUCUUGCGAACAUAAGAAAACUGAAUCUUGAAGAAGAAAUGAGUAGAGCAUACCCAGUUCAAAUGAAGAAACUAUUAGACAUCUUAAGCCAAGACGGAGUUCUAGUUAACGGUAAAGUGGAUUACAGCAACACAACAAAGCAAGCAUUUUGGAAACAUGUGGCAAAUAAACUUAAUCGUGUUGAGAACGGGGUGCAUAAGAACACUUGGCAAUGGUGUAAAGAAAUAUUGUUCGAAUUACAGGUCUGGGCUGAUUGGAAAAGCAAAGUGACAAAAAAAGCAAAUAUUUUACUUAGAAAAAAGUCCUACAAUAACCUAGAAAGGUAUAUAACUACUCCACUGUCUAAUAUUGAGCUAAGACUACUUAGAUUGGUUGGGUAUCCUUUAGAAGAAUCUACAGAGGCUUCAAAAAAUGGAGAGCAAUUGAACUUACAGGUUGUUAACAAAACUGAGGCACCAGACACAAACAGUGAAGAUAUGCAUGUAGAGUUUCUGGACGAAAUAUCAGGAGAGGAAUACAAUGGACCUUACUAUGUGGAACCCAAAGACAGCAAUGAUGUUAAUAUUGAAAAUAUUUUUAAUGACAAGCCAUUUCAACAUUUGGAUGAGCUUCUGGAGUCAGACCAGUCAUCAGAUACAGAAACAACAAAAACUAGAAAAGUAACAAAAGCGAAAAAGAAAUUAAUAAGUAUAGAGAAAUAUAAAGUCAAAGCAACAGUAGCAUUACAAAAAGAAAAAGCAUUGCAGAGGAGAGAAGAACUGCGAUUGAAGGCCAUAGAAUUGAAGUUAAAAGAAGAAGAAUUAAGACUGAAGGAAAAGGAAAUGAGUAAAGUAAAUUAUCUGACCAAUAUUGAAGAGGAAAAGCUGAAAUGUUUUCGUGAUAUCAAUAUGUCUUUGAAGGAGUUGCUGGAAAGAUCAAGAGCAGACAGUGAACGAUUUCACAAUCCUCUCUGAAGACAGGGAGAAUGUCAUGUAUUUUGAUAGGCUAAGCAGAAAAAUAAACAUAUUAU